AGUGUAGGUACUGAAAAUGCGACAGAAACACGGAAAGAGUCUCCGCUGCUGAAAUAGUCAUUUUUUGGGGGCGUUUAAUUCAAGCUUUAAGACUUUAUACCACGCUGAGGUGCUUUAUCAAUGUUGUAGAACAGGUAGAAAGGUUCAGCAUUUUGUUUUGGAUGGAAAAGUUUGGAGAACUAGGUUAGGUUAAGAGAAUGAAUUAACUUAAAUUCAGGCACCACAAAAGACAGCCAGGCUUGUUAAACUCCAGCUGGUCGAGCUUUGUUGAGCGCUGAUAACUUAAGUGCACUUGUAGAAAACUUGCACUUUAUUACACUUUAAACGUUUUCAGCUCUUUUUCAGACGUUUUUGUUCGUCCACACGUUGGUAACUACAGUGGUUGUUAGCUAGGCUAGGUUACCUGGCUCGCGUGGUGAGGACGAUGCCUAGUAACGGUGGUCGCGAGGACGGCGGACCCGCACUGCCGUCCCUGAGAGCGGCCGGUCCGGCAGAGCCGCGGAGGAGGAACCGGCUAGAGCCUAGAAGCGGAGCUUCAGAUGAUAAGAAUAAAGCUAGAGUGCAACACCAGACACGGACGGAGAUCCGAAGAACACUUUCUUUAGAUGCCAUUUUGGCACCAUACUUGCAAGGCCAGUGGCCCAGGGAGGGGGAAAGACGGGGACAAAGUGGACAUCGCAAAAAUGACAAAUUCUCACAGCCUUCAAACUGGAGGCCGGACAAAGCCGAGAGAAGCAGCACUGGAAGUCAUAAGCGUUCGGCAUCAUUGGGAAAUGGAGACCAUUUACGAGAUAUUGCCAAACUGAAGCAGCAGCUGCAGGCAGCUGGGCCUAUAAACGGAAUAUAUGUUCGUGAGAGACACCACCACCCUAUGUGGGUUUGUGCACAGUCACAGCCUGUACCCAUCCCUCUGUCAUCUUUGACCAAUCUACCCUCUACUAUGCGGCGAAGUGAGGAGAGACUAGACCAGGAGCUGGAGAGAGCCUUCACACACCAGUCACCCAUCCAGCUGAGCAGGCUGCUAGAGAUCCCUGACGGCCACAGAGCUCCUGUCCCCUCGCUCAGCUCUAACAGCAGCUCUCGGUGCGAGUCCUCCUUCACCACGCAUCCAACAUCGCAGUCACCCUCUUCUUCCAGUGCCUCUCCACACAGCCUAACAGAGUUGGACACUGAUUUUUCUGCUGCUGCUCAGUCUUGCCCCUCCCCUCUGCUGAGCAGUGAAGCUGAUGCUGCUCUUCUGUCCUGCUCACCUCGUCCCAACAAAAGUUACUGCUUUCAGAGAGAGCCGCCGGAAGGCUGCGAGAGAGUCCGAGUGUGUGAAGAGAAUAUCUCUCUGUAUAAGAACCAGCCAAAUCUCUUGUCCUGCCCUGAUCCUAACAAGGUGAACUUCACUCCCUAUGGGGGCUCCGCCUUUUGUCCAGUCAGUCUACUGAAGCCUCUCUUGCCCUCUGUGGACUUCCUGUUUCGGAGCUUGUCAGUUUCUCCUGGGACCUGCUGGGCAGGUCAUGGUGGGGCCUGUCAGCCUCAGAGUCCAGCAGUAACAAAGACUGGGUACAUGGGCUCUCUAGAGACAGCAACCACUGCAAUGUGAGUGUUAGUGAAUGAAAAGUGCAGACAUAUAUUUUUUUUAACUUUUCAAAAACUCGACCAACAGCCUUAUUUCUUUUGCCUCCCAGAGUUCAGUGAUGAGGAGAGAAAAGGGUGUUUGGUGUUCAUGUAUUUAUUUUUUUGACCAAUGAAGCAAUAAAGAGCUUUACCUCAUUUAUGCUCUUUCAUGAAGAUGAUUAGAUUGUCUGUAAGCGAUUGGUGAAAUCCUGAGGGUUCUGCCCUGAGUUGAUCGUCAUGCUUGUCUUCUGCUUGCCACGCACAAGGUAUGUGUUUUGCUUAUGAUUUUGGAAUGGACAGGUGACCGUGCACUUUUAGCAGAAGAGGCCCUUUCUCUUUUGUGGAACCUGAGGAAAGUUGUUCAGUUUAAGCAACAUUGGAACAGGGUGAAAUUUUAACGUUCAAUGAGUGGAAUUUUGAGUUGUGGUGCACCGGAUGUCACAACUGUAGCAACAUUGUCGUUUAAAAAAACAGUCAAGUCUUCUGAUAAAUAUUCACUGUUUAAGUGUUUUUUUUUUCUAAAACAUUUCAGCUUAAGCUCAAUAAGUUAUUAAUCAAAUUAGUCAACAAACAAGGUGUGUGUGUGAUAUUUUGUGUAUGAUAUUUAAUUAUAAAUUAAGGUGAAACUGUUUUAGUAUUCUGAAAGAGGAUAUUUAUUAGGGACAUUCAUGACCAGUAAAUACAAAAAUGUGUCUAAUGGGUAAAAAAAAAAACAAUUAAAAAGAUUUGUAAGUAGGCUUCAUGAUUUUCAAAUUAGUUUCAUUAAGAAUUGCAGAUUGAAAUGGAACGGAGGAGAACUUUGUCUGAAUGCCUUCCUUAUUUUGUUAAACAACCUUUCUUUAAAAGCAAUGACCAUUUAUUGUUAAGGUACUGAAUUUUGUAAAUAUUUUCCUAGCUUCUGUGUCCUUGUAGCUUCUGUUUCCUUGAUUGUUGCUACAGACAGGCUAGAAUGUCCUUGUUUUCACCUUUUGUUAAUGUUUUUUUGCACAGCAUACGUCAAGUAUGCCAAUCCUUUUAUACUCACUUGAACAUGUUUUGUAUUCUUACUUGAACAUAGUUACUACAAAGCAGCUGUGCUGGAUUUUACGCUGUUAGCCUCAUAAGCUAUAAAAUGUGAGCGGUGAUGGAUAAUUUAAGUUCACAACAUUUAAGAAUCUUGCACUUGAGACUUUUUGCGUGUGUUUUACAAUGAAACGCAAUUAUCUGUUAAGUUUUGUUCAUUUAAAUGUUUCUCCAUGGACUUGGCUGCUUGUUACCUUGUAAUUUGGUGAGAGGAGGUUUGUUCAAGUUCAGAAACUUACUUGUUUUAAUAAAAGUGUUUAAAAUA